CAUCACAAAAGUUAUAUCACAAUUAAAACAAGUCUUUUAAACAAAACUUCGAACAAAAGCUAUAAUCACUUCCUCUUUGAUAUCUCUAUACAUAAGCAAAUCCAAUUCCUGUCAUGGCAGCAGAAGUUCCAACAACUGGUUCUGUCCAGAAACAAGACGAGGAAUGGCGUGCGGUUCUGUCUCCUGAGCAGUUUAGGGUUCUCAGAUUAAGAGGCACAGAUAAACGAGGCAAAGGAGAGUUUGUGAAAAAGUUUGACGAAGGGACUUAUAGUUGUGCUGGUUGUGGAACUGCUCUUUACAAGUCAACCACUAAGUUCGACUCCGGUUGCGGCUGGCCGGCGUUCUUCGACGCCAUCCCCGGUGCUAUUAAACAAACUCCAGAAGGCCUAAAUGGAAGAAGAAUGGAGAUAACAUGUGCAGUUUGUGAUGGACAUCUAGGCCAUGUUUUUAAAGGAGAAGGCUACGAUACUCCUACCAACGUGCGUCACUGCGUUAACAGUGUCUCUCUCAAAUUCGCCUCUGCUGAUUCCUCCCAAUAAUUAUAAUCAUUCAUCGAACCAGAUUAUCUCAUGAAAUCAAAAGAAUCAAUCCAUGACCAUGAGACGCUUGCUAGUUUACAUUCCUACUCGUGUGAUAUUAUCAUAAAUUUUCGUUCAAUGUACGCUCUAUAAUGAUAAUAAACUGUGGUUACUACAUAAAUAAAAAUUAGAAAAUAUAAAAAUAAAAAUAAAUAAAAAACUCUUUUUUUUUU